CGGGAGCCCCGAAGCCAUGCCUUUCUCUUCACUACACAUUGCACAACUCAUUCUACUCGCAUUCAAUCUUCUUUCGGUCGCAUUUUCAAAUCACGGAUCAGGAAUAUUAAUAUCGACCUCGUGUCAUGCUUGAACGUUGAACAAUGGGUUCCUUGGAUUUUCAUUUAAACCUUUGGGAAAACAAAAGCACGAACAUUCAUUCUGUCACUCAUGAAGGGAAAAAUGGAACCCCGACAAUUGAUACUGUUGACGGUGGGAGGAUCCUUAGGGCAAAGGCAGGGAAGUUCAACAGGUAUUUAAGUAUCAAUCAUUAGAGGGAACGAGUUAGAGGAACUCCUUUCCCUUCGUUCUCUUUCAUGCACCCGAGCAUCGUCGUAGCUGCGCUCGUCACAUUUGUGGCUGGGAGCUCCCUGCCUUCAUGUCGAAGUCUACCUACCGACUCGUCAUGGCCCACUCAACAUUCAUGGGACGCGUUUAAUCAUUCGGUCGAUGGCCGUCUCAUCAAAACAGUCCCCAUUGGUAGCCCUUGUCACGACCCGACGUUCGACGAGGACCAAUGUAACGUUGUUCGAAGCAAUUGGCGAAAUCCUGCUUUCCACGAACCCAACCCGUCGUCAAUAAUGGAUCCCAUCUUCCUAAACAAAAGUUGUGAUCCCUUCGAUCCACGGGAUACCCCCUGCCGAAUCGGUGCAUACGUGCAAUACGCGGUGAAUGUGUCCUCAACUGAACACGUUAUCAAAACCAUUCAGUUCGUGAAGAAACAUAAUAUUCGGUUUGUCGUCAAGAAUACUGGACAUGAUUAUAUGGGAAGGUCGACGGGAACUGGAGCAGUGUCGGCUUGGAUGCAUAACCUUCAGGACAUUACAUGGACUCCCGAUUAUAAGACUUCUUACUACACUGGUCCCGCCUUCAAAGUUCAGGCGGGAGUUCUUGGUUUUGACCUAGCUAAGGAAGCUAGUCGAAAAGGUCACGUUGUCGUCAGCGGCGAAUGUCCGACCGUUGGCUUCGCGGGAGGAUACAUUCAGGGUGGUGGACACUCUCUUUUAACCUCGCUUUACGGUUUAGCUGCCGACCAAACUUUGGAGUUUGAAGUGAUCACAACCGAUGGCAAAUUCAUUCGCGCUUCGCCUAUGGAGAAUCACGACCUUUAUUGGGCAUUAAGUGGUGGUGGUGGAGGUACUUAUGGGAUUGUAUGGUCUGUCACCGUUAAAGCACACCAAGACCAUCCCGUCACGAUUGCCUCGCUGAAUUUCACAUCAGGAGACAAUACCCAAGAGCUCUUCUGGCAGGCUCUCGAUGUUUAUCAAGCUAGCACACCGAAUUUCACAAAUGCCAAAAUCUGGGGUAUCGCACAAUACACUGCCGAUUUUUUUAGCCUGUACCCGAUAACUGCGGUAAACAAGACCCCUGGAGAAGUUUCGACUCUGUUACAACCUCUUCUCGACAGCUUAGAUCAGCUCGGGGUGAAAUAUACCUCAGCAGCCCAGUCCUAUAGUGGAUACAUCAAUGCCUAUACUUCUGUCUCGUUUAUCAUGAAUUUCCCUGUCGCGAAUAUAUUUUUAGGGUCGCGGUUACUCCCCAGGUCUCUUUGGGAGGAUGAAGAGAGGCUCAAGAGCGUUCAAACGAGCGUUCGAUCUAUCCUGGAAGGUGGAGCAGGCGUAAUCGAUUUUCUUCUCAGGGCCACACUGGACGUCGCCGGUGAUCCCUCAAAUGCUGUUCUACCUGCGUGGAGAGAAGCAGAGAGACACUUUCUACCUAACAUCCCAUUGGUUGAUGGUGAACCUAUUGAGGAGACAAAACGCAAAGAGGAGAGAAUAACAAAAGAAUUCAUGCCGAUUUUGAAAAGACUAGCUCCACGUUCAGGGGCUUACGGGAACGAGGCGGAUCCUAAUGAUCCUGAUUUUAAGGAGACAUUUUAUGGCUCCAAUUACGAUAGGUUGCUCGCGAUUAAGGAUAAAUGGGAUCCUGAGCAGAUCCUUUACGGAACUACCGCUGUUGGCGGGGACCGAUGGUACCAAACUGACGAAGGAAGACUGUGUCGGGCUUAG